AUGCUGCUAUUGUUCCUGUUAAUAUUUAAUAACUUUGUUACCAUACUUUCUGAGUCUUUAGUUCGCGAUGACUUAAUAAGUGAAGCUCCGAUACAUUAUGAUGACCAUUGUCGAGUUUGUCAUCGUCUUGGUGAUUUAUUAUGCUGUGAAACUUGCCCUGCAGUAUUUCAUUUGGAAUGUGUUGAUCCACCUCUUGUUGAUGUGCCUUCUGAAGACUGGCAGUGUGCUUUAUGUAAACAACACAAAACUAUGGGUGUAACAGAUUGCCUUCCUGAUGCAGAGAAACAAGGCCUGCUAUGUCGUCAUGAACAUUUAGGCUUUGAUCGACAUGGAAGAAAAUAUUGGUUUAUUGCAAGACGCAUUUUUAUAGAGGCAGAAAAUGGUGACGUAUGGUACUAUUCAUCAGCACAGCAAUUCCAAGAAUUAUUAAAUAUUCUGGAUGGUGAUGAAAUGGAAGCACCUCUUGUCAGAGAGUUCUUAGAAAUGAAAAAAGAAAUUGUGAGACAGAUGGACAUUACAGAAAAACUAACAAACCAAGUUAAAGGAAAUAGAAAAUCAUAUCUAGAGGUGGAAAAUGCUAGUAUUAUUAAACAACGGGAGCUAAGGGAAGAAAAGAAACAAAAUGAUCAAGAACAUGAUUUAAAGUUAGAAGAUGAUAAACAUGAAACAGAAAUAGCAUUAGAUGCUGAUGGGGAUGUUGUGAAUGAGGUAACUGUUACAAGUGAGGAUAAUCUUAAAACAGAUAAUGACGAGCAACCAGAUUUGGAUGAUGACAACUAUAAAAUGCAAAAAAAUAAUCAACACAAAAUAAAAUUUUUACAAAAAAAAAGUGAGGAAGUUACUGAAAGGGUUACUAGAUUGAAAUCUAAUCAAAUUUCAAAUGGUACCUAUCUCUUCAAAUUGGGAAAUGAAAAUGCAUUCAAAACUUAUAUUAACCAAUACACAAGUAAUCCUCUAGCAUUAAACAAGCCUCAAAGGAAUGAAGAAAGAGACAAAAAAAGAUACAUUUCACAUAAAUUUUCAUUAUCAUCCGGUCAAGAAUUUAAAUGGAUUGGUUUACUUAAUGCUACUAAACCUUUAUUAGUGGCUACACUCAGACAAACAUUACUUCAUUUGGAAUCUAACAUAGUAUUGCAGUUUAUGCAUCCAAAUUGGUCUUUAUUAAGAAAACCAUGGGUGCAAGCUGUGCAACUAUGUCAAGCUCCAAGGGAUUUUGCUAGAGCUCUCUGUGUUUUACAGGCAUGCAUAAAAAGUGUUGUUUGGGUGCAAGCCUGGCACGAACAGUUGGGCCAUGUAAGACUUAUAAGAACUACUGCAACAGAACGAGAGGAACGAAAGAAAUUGGAUAAAAGGGAAAAAAAGGAGAGAGAUGAAGAAGAAGAAAGAUAUAGAACAGCAUACAAUUUUGUUAAAUAUUCUUUAGGACUUCGCCAUCAGGUGUGGAAACAAAAAGGCGAGGAAUAUAGGAUUCAUGGACAAUGGGGUUGGCUAUGGAAUUCAUCAACUAGAAAAUUUAAAAAACAUCACACAAAUCAUAAAUUAAACUUACUAAAUGGACCAGCCAAAAUGGCUGUUAGAGUUAGAGAAGGAAAUACAAUAAAGGUGUUGGCAGUUGAGCCAAAAACUUAUGAAUAUUUGACAUCAAAUGAUACUGCAGAUGAAGAUGUUUUAGAGAAAUUACCAUCAUCAAUGCGAAACAUGAAAUUCGAAAAAGAAUCUGAAGAUUUUGAAGAAAUAGAUGUGGAAAAAGCUUUAAGUUCAUCUACAAGAAGAUAUUACCCUAAAAUAGCUAGAAAGUCUAAAUUAGAUGAUUUUCUUGCACGACGCACUUAUUUAAAGUUUAUGGAGGAGAAAAAGCUGGGGAAUUUACUGGCCAAUAUAAAGAAAGAAGAAGAGGUAGAUGUUAUAAAUGAAGAGGACAAAAAUGUAGAUGUAGAAUCAGAGGAACCUGAUAUAGACCCAGCUUCUAUAUGUGGAUCGGUUGUUAUUCCCCUAGAACUACCUAAGACAGUGCGUGAAGUUACUUCAAUACGAAGUGGAUUAAGGAAACGUAAACGUGCGGAAUCACCCCAAAACACAGAACCACAGGUAUCUGAAGAAUGGGUGGAUGAAGAUAAACUAGAAUUAUGGGAAGUUCGUCAAUAUGGAGAACGGGCGGAACGUAUAACUCCGGUAACGCGACAGACAACAGGAAAACUUCCACAGAGGAAUAUAGCUCCUACGCCCCCUAAUGCCGCAGACCUUAAAGAUAAAAUGGAGCAGCAAUUACGCGAACAAAGAGCAGCUCAUCAACAAAAGAGAGCCCUAGAGAUGUCACAAGAUAAAGCUAAGUCAUCUCAAAAUUCUGGGAAAAGUACCUUAACUUCAUUAUUGACGACGAACAGUGGAACUCCCACAGGUCAGAAAACUGUAAUUGGAACUAGAAGAAUUAUCAUGACAAAAGGUGCUGAUGGUACUACAAGAGUUAUCAGUCAACCUGUAACAGGUGGAUCAAAAACAAUUGCUUCCGGAGAUGUGUCAAAAUCUAAUACAAAUACUCAUAAAGAUGGACCUCAAAAGGUUCAAAUAAUACGAGCUCCUGAUGGUAAGUUGACUGUCAGAGGUUUACUGGCAGGGCAGCAGUUGAUACAAUUGCCAGAUGGAAAAUUGCAUGUUGUUAUGGCUGGACAACAAGGUGUAUCUGGACAGUUGGUUGCUACAUCCUCAACGGCCAAAACAUCUGAAGCAGAAUCUACAACUACUGAAAAUUUUGAAAAACCCACAAUUGUAACAAAAGCCAACAUGGAUGAAGUAAAACCUGUUACAACUUCCCGUAUUGUAACACAACCAACACAGCAAACUAUUGUGCAGAGUCGUCAGUUAAUUAUGCAGCCAGUGCAGCAGUCACAGCAGGUUGUCGUGCAGCCUUCUCAGCAGUUGGUUGUACAGCCAACUCAGCAGGUUGUUGUGCAAGCUGGGGCACGCCCUACUAUUCAACCAAGAAUGCAACCAAUGCAAACAGUGUUGGUUCAGGGACAAAUAUUGCAACGUACGCCGCGUCCUCAAGCACCACGCGUACGUCCCUCCACGCAACAGAUUGUUGUCAACAAUCCUGUAUUGGUGCAACAAAUUGCUGCAGGCAAGAUACAACUUGCAACAGUAAAUGGUCAGCAAGUGUUGAUACGGCCGACAGGAAAUAACCAGGCACAGAUUGUGGCACAUAUUGGUCAGAGCCCUACGGCCGCGACACCAAAUAAUCCAGCUCCUGCUGUCGUGACUGCAGUAGCCACAGCUGUCGCGACUGCACCACAAACAGCUCCGCGUCCUGCACUUGCUUUAGCCGCGCCUUCGGCGCAACACCACCUUACUGAAGACCAGAUAAUGGAAAAACGGCUUUUAGCUGGUCAACCUCCAGGAACAGUUAUAAAAACAGUGACGGCGCAGGUCAUGCAGACAAGUAGUGGUCCUAGCAUUGUGCUGCAGGGAUUACAUGGAUACUCAUUGUCACCUCAACAAUUGGCGCUUGUUCAACACCAGGUCAAACAACAAUUGCUAAAAGCUCAAGAAUCAACAGGAAAGCAGGGUAUGCUGGGGCCCAGAAAAAUGUACCUUGCGGUACAUCCAACUCCUAAUGCAACACCAGCAAUAGCUACUGUCACAGCUCCACCUACUUUACAACCAAUCCAAUCUCUACAGCCGAUUCAGCCGCUCCAGACUCUGCAACCACUCUCUUUGCCUGCACACCAGGAGGGUAUUGAAGAAGAUCAAACAAAACGUCAAUCCUUAGUGAAUGGAGAGGAUAUUGUUGCGGAAGCAGCCAGUCAUAAAGAGGCAAUACCGUCUAAACCGGAAGAUAUACAUGAGAAUAACACUAAAACAGAUAUAAUUAACUCGGGUCGUGAUGGUGUGCAAGCUGGCAAUAAAUUUGUUUUGACUCCAGACUACAUACAACAAACAAUAAAAAGCGCACUAAAGCAGGAGAACCUCAAUCCGGAGAUAGAAGAGAAACUCCUGCAACUGCAGCGGUACCAGGAGAAGCAGAUGAAGCCCGACGCCCAAACGGAACGCGAGAUGCGCGCGAUAGUGGCGGCCGUGCAGUCGCCGUCGCCGCCGCGCCGGCGCGCCAUCUCCUCGCGGCACGACGACGACGACGAAUGGGUGGACAGCAGCAGCAGCCCGCGGAAGCGCUCGCGGCCCGCGCGGCCCCCUACCCCGCCGCCCCCGACGCGCCCGGCACCCACCGCCCGCCUGCCCACGCCUUCGCCCACGCCGAUCCCCGUGCAGACCGCCUCUCCCGUCGCCCCCGUCCCCGCGCCCACCUCCGCCUCCGCCACCGCCUCCGCCUCCGCUCCUGCCCACGCUCUCGCUCAUGCGCCCGCCGCGCCGCCCCAUGACGAGCGCCGCCGCGCCGCUACCAACCACUCACGGCUGCAAAUGCUACUCUUCAAACAUAAGGAGAUGCUCAAAAAGGAUAUAAUCAAGAAACGUGGUCUCCUCGAGAAGGAACUCGGUGUUGAAAUACAGAAGGAAUUGUCCGCGGAGUUGGCACUGCGUACGCGCGCAGAGCGUAGCAAGCAGGAGGAGGUGCGCACGUCGGGUGGCAAGCGGCGCACCACGUCAGGCCCAGGGCGCGAUGGGCCGCACCGCAACAACAAGAAGUCGGUCAAGAAGGAGAAGCUGCUCUGCAUCUGUCGUACGCCAUACGACAACACCAAGUUUUAUGUUGGGUGUGAGCAUUGUAGUAAUUGGUUCCACGGCGAUUGUGUUGGGGUUACUGAAGAAAUGAGUAAGACAAUGGAGGAGUACAUUUGCCAAGAUUGUCGACGCGCUGAAGAGACGCAAGAACUUUAUUGCUUGUGUCGGCAGCCCUACGACAAUUCUCAAUUCUACAUAUGUUGUGAUAGGUGUCAAGAUUGGUUCCAUGGUCGGUGUGUUGGUAUCUUACAGUCAGAAGCAGAUAACAUUGAUGAGUACAUUUGUCCAAACUGUCAAAAAAAUAAUUCUGUCAAUUAUGCAAAUAUGAAAGAACUCUCUGCAAAAGAUUUUGAAAAUUUAAAAAGGCUUGUUAAACAGAUACAACUACAUAAAAAUGCAUGGCCUUUCAUGGAGCCGGUAGAUCCAAGAGAAGCACCUACAUAUUACAAAGUAAUUAAGGAGCCAAUGGAUCUGCAAACAGUGGAGAGAAAAGUGAAUGAACAAAGUUAUAGUACAUUAAGUGAAUUUAUUGGUGACAUGACUAAAAUUUUUGACAAUUGCCGUUAUUUUAAUCCUAAAGACUCAGAAUUUUACCGAUGUGCGGAAGGUUUAGAAGCGUACUUUGCACAAAAAAUAAAGUACUUUCGUGAAAAACUUUUCGAGACGACGCAA